AUGCAUAUCAGUUCUUUGGUCGCCGGGUCCAUGUUGGCCAGCUACGUGGCCGGUCAUGCUUUAAUUAUCUCGAUUCAAGGUCUUGUUGAUGGAAAGAACGCUGGGCCCAUGGGACAAGCCAUGGGGUACGACCGCGCAGUGCCACUUAACGGAGCGGAUCUGCGACAUGUCCCAAUUUUCGAUCAAAGAAACAUAGCAACCUGGAAUGGCUGCGGGAAGAACAUUUUGACUGGUACCCUCCAACCCGCAAGAGUGGCGGCAGCUCAAGCCGGUAGGGGAGAGAUUGCCCAGGCUAAGGCUGGUGGCCAGCUCUUUAUGGUGCUUCAUCAAGUAAACGGAGACGGAAACGGGCCAUUUACUUGUGCUAUCAAUACCGACGGGUCGGCGAAGAGAGGUUCCUUCAAGAAAAUUGACAUCGCCAAGCAAGUUCCAGGGCAAAACCCAGACCUCAAUGCUGUUAGCGCGACCAACCACCCAUUGAUCGUCAACCUCCCAGCGAACUUAGAGUGUACUGGCACAUUCGGCAACAAGGAUAAAGUCUGCAUAAUCCGUUGUCAGAACUUUGCAAUCAACGGACCGUUCGGCUCUUGCGCUGCUUUCCAACUGGUGGAGGAGCUCAAUAGUCUCUUCAGACGUGACGAGGGCGACGAUGCCGAUGCGAGUGUGAAGGCCAAACGUCAAGAGGAAGCUGGACCUGAGAAAAAGGAGCCUGAGGUUGGAAAAGGAGCAACUGAAGCUGAUAUUCAAAAACUAAUGUCUCGCUUCGAUACUACCACCAAAAAGAUUAAGCGUCAAGAGGAAGUCGGACCUGAGAAAAAGGAGCCCGAGGUUGGAAAAGGAGCAUCUGAAUCUGAUAUUGCGAGACUGAUGUCUAGCUUUGAUACAAGCACAAAGAUGGUCAAGCGUGAAACAUCCGAGGCGGAGAAAGUAGAGGACACUGUCAAGGCUUUGACUCAGGGCGACGCUGUACCGGCGAAACAGCUCAACAAACUCCGAACUCAGGUCAAGCAGCGAAUGCGAAAUGGCACACUAGCUAACAAGGCCGAGGAGGCUGGAAAGAAAUAUCAUGAGAAGAAGGUCAGACUAAGAAAGGCAGGAAGCUGGAAGAACAAGGGGUCAGCUGAGAAGAAGAAGGAUAACUAA